AUGGAAUCCAUUCAGUCCGAGAAAGAUCUUCCAGAGACCUUCGACCUCGAAUCCAAUAGAUACGAAUACGAUCCAUGGCUUUUGGACGACCAUCCUUUGCGCUCCUAUCCGACCGAGUGCAUACCAGGACUAGGGGCCUAUCUAGACGAGACCAUUGGAAAGCGGACGAAGGCUCUCCUACGCGCGGGGUCCCUUCCGCAUGACACGUCCCCACACAUCCACACACGUCCUCAAACUGGUACAUGCACCUUCCCCACACUCGACACGCGACCGCAGGCUCUGGAGGCAUCUCUAGCGGCAGGAUGCGGUGGAGUGCGAAUGCCCGUGUGGAUGCACCACGGCGAGCUGCAGGUCGGCAAUGCGGUCACCGGACACAGCCCGGACGCCGCUCUCAACCGACUCGGUCUCGACCCGCUGCUUGCGAAGAUGAACCAUGCUGCCGCCUCCGCGCCUGGUCCUAUCGCUACCAGCUCUCUGGACGAGCCAUCGGAAACAUUCCUUUUGAUGCUCGAUGCUAAGAGCCCCCUACACGAUCUCCUCCCUGCUCUUGUCGAGCAGCUCGAUGCCCUCCGACGCAGUGGCCAUCUAUCUCACUGGGAUGGGGAGUCUGUCAUUGAACGCCCCGUGACUGUUGUUGUUACUAGCGAGGCUAUUCCCGACAGCGAUUGCGUGAAUGUCAAUCACUCUGAUAUUUUUUGGUCUGCUUUCCCAGAAGCACGGACGACGGCGAGCUCAAUCAUGGAAGAUGGCCUCCGGCGCCUCUUCCCUGUCUGUGUAGCCUGA